AUGGCCUCUGAGGAUUUGGCAUUAGGAACGAUCUUUUUAUUACAGACGAUCGUUGGAUUUCUGGGGAAUUUCUGUCUUCUUCACCAUUAUCUCUUCCUUUAUUACAAAGGAUGCAGAUUGAGGUCCACAGAUUUGAUUCUCAAGCAUCUGAUUGUAGCUAACUCCUUAGUCAUUCUCUCUAGAGGAGUUCCCCAGACAAUGGCAGCUUUGGGGUUAAAAGAUUUCCUCAAUGAUUUUGGAUGCAAAUUUAUUUUCUAUCUUCACAGAGUGGGCAGGGAUGUGUCUAUUGGAACCACCUGCCUCUUGAGUGUCUUCCAGGCCAUCAUAAUCAGUCCCUGGAUCUCCAAGUGGGCAGAACUUAAAAAGAAAGUUACCAAGCACAUAGGCACCUCCAACAUCCUCUGCUGGAUCCUGACCAUGAUGCUUGAUAUUAUGGUUCCAGUGUAUGUGACUGACAAAUGGAGCAACAAAAAUAGCACAAAGAAGAAAGAUUAUGGAUACUGUUAUGCUGUCAUUUAUGACAAAAUCACAUACUUUCUGUAUGUACCAUUGUUAUUAUUCCAUGAUGUUUUGUGUUUGGGGCUCAUGCUUUGGGCCAGCAGCUCCAUGGUUUUCAUCCUGUACAGGCACAGGCAACGGGUCCAACGUAUUCAUAAGACCAACAUUUCCUCCAGAACCUCUCCUGAGUCCACAGCAACCCAAAGCAUCCUUGUGCUGGUGUGCACCUUUGUGUCUUUGAGCACCCUCUCCUCUAUUUUUCACACUUGUUCAGCUGUUUAUGAGUUCAGUUUGUGGCUAGUGAACACCUCUACACUACUUGCUGCAUGUUUCCCCACUGUCAGUCCCUACAUUCUCAUGAGUCAUGACUCCAGAGUGUCCAGGCUUUGCUUUGCUUGA